UGAAUGGUUCGGAAGGAUCGUGGCGGGCCAAUCACUGCUAGCAACUCCUGUUUGAGCUUGAAGGGGAGCGCGUGGGACAAGAGAGAACGCAAUUUCCGUAUUUCUAGGGUCGCAGUCCCACGCCCCAUGGACUCCUGGGGAGUCCGUGGAUGUUUCGCAUCUUUCAUGUCUUUAGCAAGCUCAAGGUGACGGUCCUGGCUCCUUCGAAGAGUUGUAAAGUACGACGACCAACGGGGCUGUCUGCCGGGACUUGCCUUUUCAGCCCUAUGCAUAGUUCGGGAUGUUACUCAACAAUAUAAUUUUCUGGGCAUUGCUCACAGCCUUGCCAUGUUCCGGUUUCCGUGCAGCACCGGCUUUCGCGAGUUUGAACAUCAACGGUCUUCUGUCUCCGAGGGACGCAUGUUCGGAUGCUUUCGGCGACGACGCGUCUAAUUCUAUUUGCGCGCCUAGCAAUACGCUGUGUUGCGUACGGCGUGGUGAACAGUUUCCCUCCUGCCAUCAGCAUCUGGACAAGGGAUUUUGGUGUGUUGGCUCAGGCGCCACGGAUAAUUGUUAUGUCGACCAAGCUUCAACAUGUGAUGAACCCAACUCGGUCCCUUGUAACGACUUGGAAGAGAACACCACACAGGCCUGUUGCCCAAGACUUACAAGCUGUCAACAUGGCUUUGAAGCGUCGGAAUCGCUGGUGAGGUGCAAUAUCCUGUACCGGGACCUUAUCGCCGCCGCCGCGGGAGCCUCGUCGUCGCCGACACCCACGACAUCCACGACUUCCGCCACCUCAUCCUCGCCGACGACAUCACCAACAUCACAGUCACAGACCUCACAGUCAUCCUCUGCCACACAAACGCCAACUUCCGUACCUGCACCUGAGCACUCUGGUUCGACGUUGUCUGGGGGUGCUAUUGGAGGUAUAUCUGUGGGCGCAACGCUGGCGUUCGUGGCUGCGCUAUUCGGUGGGUACAAGUUGUACCAGAGACGGAGGAAGAACGGUGUUGGCGCCCAAGGCUCGCCAUAUCCGAACGAUGUCCAGUCCCCAAAGCCUCCCUCUGCGUAUUACACCGGGGGCGGCCAGGCGGUGUAUGAGCAAGUACCUCCCGGAUAUGGGUACACACCGGCCGAGAUGAUGAAUACUCCGCCGGCCGAGUUAGACGGGACGAGGUAGUGUCCAUAUGGCGGUCCAAAACGAACCCGUCGGAUGUUCUUGGCAGGUCGAGGUCAUGACGGAUGCAAAGGACCGGGUUAGAGGGGCGAUUUGCUUUCAAUCUGGAAAUGCAACUAACAGUUCGGGAGCGUUAUAUCGGGAGUGUUGUUUUUAGGAGCAUCUGGUAAUGUUCGACUUGCGAGACAUGCCGGCCCCUUACUCUCUUCGGUUAUUGAGGCAUGCGACAUAUGCUGAUGUAUAGAUAAGAACCGUCUUGGUAAUCCAUAUGGUCUGACAGCAUAUGGCCCUGUUUCCUACGCAUCUAGUCACCAGCGUCGCCUUCCACCUUACUUCUUCGCUCGACGACAAUGCAACCAAAGCUGUGAGGCAACGACUAGCUUGGGUCUAACUGUAGGCCCGAGAUAUAUAACCAUAUCUAUCACCCUUAUUGGAGAGGUCAGGUGGAGC